GUUAGGCAGUCUCCCGCGAAACACGACAAACCCGCGCAGUGUCUGUGUUCAGUUUCAGAGUAGCGCGGACGUUACGGGUCGGUGAUGCAGCAUGAGUUUAUGGGUGGAUAAGUACAGGCCAACGUCCCUGGCGAAACUAGACUACCACAAAGACCAAGCCAACCAACUGAGAAACCUGGUACAAUGUGGAGACUUCCCACACCUGCUUGUUUAUGGUCCCUCUGGCGCUGGCAAGAAGACGCGAAUAAUGUGUGUUCUGCGUGAGCUAUACGGAGCUGGUGUGGAGAAACUGCGCAUUGAACACCAGUCAGUCACAGCCCCAUCUAAGAAGAAAAUUGAAAUCAACACCAUUGCCAGCAACUACCAUUUGGAAGUGAAUCCCGGUGACGCAGGAAACAGUGACCGGGUCGUCAUCCAGGAGCUAAUAAAAACUGUGGCUCAGUCUCAGCAGAUCCAGUCCAGCACACAGAGAGAGUUUAAAGUCGUGCUGCUGACGGAGGUGGACCGGCUCACCAAGGACGCUCAGCAUGCCCUCCGCCGCACCAUGGAGAAGUACAUGGCCACGUGUCGCCUGGUUCUGUGCUGCAACUCCACCUCCAAGGUGAUCGCCCCCAUCAGGAGCAGGUGCCUGGCUGUCAGAGUGCCCCUGCCCAGCGUAGAGGAGGUGUGCAGUGUCCUGACGGGGGUGUGCAGGAAGGAAGGGCUGCUUCUCCCACCGGAGCUAGCCAAGCAGAUCGCUGAGAAGUCCGGCCGCAACCUCCGCAGGGCUCUGCUGAUGUGCGAGGCCUGUCGAGUGCAACAGUACCCUUUCUCUGCAGAUCAGGACAUCCCUGAAACAGACUGGGAGGUGUACCUCAGGGAGACUGCUAAUGCCAUCGUCAGCCAGCAGAGCCCACAAAGACUUAUGGAAGUGCGGACGAGGCUGUAUGAACUCCUGACCCACUGCAUUCCACCAGAGAUCAUCAUAAAGGGCCUGGUGACGGAGCUGCUGGGUAACUGCGAUGGGCAUCUGAAGGCGGAGGUGGCCCAGAUGGCAGCCUACUACGAGCACAGGCUACAGCUGGGCAGCAAGGCAAUUUACCACCUGGAGGCAUUUGUGGCCAAGUUCAUGGCCAUCUACAAGAAGUUUAUGGAAGAUGGCCUUGACAACUUCAUGUUCUGAAUGCUCUCAUGAACUUUUUCUUUCUUCUUUCUUCUUUCUUCUUUCUCUGUUUAUUUUCAUUAUAAUAAAACAUUAGCCUUUGUAACA